AUCAAAGAUAGUUUAGCAGCGCGCUAAAACCAAAACUCUGAAAACCAAAACUAUGUAUAGCAGGGGGAAAAAAAUCCCAUAAUCAUUGCAACAUCACUGAGGAAAUAAUAUUUGUAAAUAGUUUCUGUAUUUACUGUAUGUCAUCGGUAAUGUGGAGCAGGGUGGUGGAGCAUAUUGCAAAUGGAUUUAGUGCCUUCAAAGAUCCUUCAACGACUUUUAUCUUCUAGGUGCUGAUGGUGUUUUUCUAUGCCUGGGUAACAUCUGAAGGGAAAACCCUUACAGAAUCACCCACCAACCAAGGACCAAGCGGCGUGGUAAACAGAGGCAGCAGCAACAACAGCAACAGCGGCGCAAAGAGGAAUGGACAUGGGAGGAUGUAUUGGACGGCAAGGGUUGCUACACCUGGGAGGAGAUCCUGGCGGGAAAGGAUCGCCUUCCAUGGGAACAGGUGGAGGCAGCUAGGAGAGCAGAGGCAGCCGGAGAGAGGAGCCGGCGAUAUGAGGAGGCAGCACGGCAGUGCGACAGGUGGUCCUGUCUGUCCGGCGCUGCUGCCGGAGUCUCCCGCCUGUCCGGCGCUGCUGCCGGAGUCUCCCGCCUGUCCGGCGCUGCUGCCGGAGUCUCCCGCCUGUCCGGCGCUGCUGCCGGAGUCUCCCGCCUGUCCGGCGCUGCUGCCGGAGUCAGAGGCGCCAGAGCCCCUCAGCCCAGAGGCGCCAGAGCCCCUGCCCCUCUGUCCCGAGCUUCUGCCCCUCUGUCCAGAGCUUCUGCCCCUCUGUCCAGAGCUUCUGCCCCUCUGUCCCGAGCUGCCCCUCUGUCCAGUGGGGUCAUUGAGAGGGGUGGCCAUGGUUAGAAAGCCACGGAGGCGGACAAUAAAGCGGACUAAGACAAUGUUGAAGUGGGGUCCGCGUCCCGCGCCAGAGCCGCCACCGCGGACAGACGCCCACCCAGACCCUCCCCUAUAGGUUAAGGUUUUGCGUCCGGAGUCCGCACCUUUGGGGGGGGUACUGUCACAUUCUGACCUUUAUUUCCUUUGUUUUGUCAUUAUUUAGUAUGGUCAGGGCGUGAGUUGGGUUGGCAGUCUAUGUUUGUUUUUCUAUGUUUUGGGGUAUUUCUAUGUUUCGGCCUAGUAUGGUUCUCAAUCAGAGGCAGGUGUCAUUAGUUGUCUCUGAUUGAGAAUCAUACUUAGGUAGCCUGGGUUUCACUGUGUGUUUGUGGGUGAUUGUUCCUGUCUCUGUGUUUUGCACCAGAUAGGGCUGUUUUUGGUUUUCCACGUUUAUUGUUUUGUAGUGUUCAUGUUUAUCUGUUUUUAUUAAACAUGAAUCAAUAUAACCACGCUGCGUUUUG